AUAUUCCACCCUGUUUAUAGACCUAACAGGGUGGAAUCUAACAGCGUGGAAAAGUUUGAGCUAAGUUAGCCAUAGCUGUUUGAGUGAUCAACAUUUAGCUAGCUACCCUUCUACAGAUUAACAGAACUUUUAUAACUAUGUCAGAUUUGUUUUUACAUUUUUUGAUAUGAUAAACAUUCUCCAUAAUAUAGCCUAACAGGGUGGAACUUUAAGGGUGGGACAAGCAAGAUAACAUUUCAAAAACUUAAAAAAAAAGCUAGGAGUGGGAGUUGAAGCUUACCUCAGUUUGUACAGUUGAAUUACAGUGGGACAAAUAAAUGAUGUCACUUCUUGAAAAUGGUUUCAGUGAAAUUGCAGUCGGUUUUGGAAGGCGAGAAAGUAUGUACUAACAGGGUGGAAGAUGACUUCAGGGACAUGGUAAUUGAAGAAAAUUGAAAAAAAACAAUAACUAUAUUUCCACAUGAUUUAUAUAUAUGAUUAGAGGCAGUUUAGCCUAGUCUAUAACAUAAUUAAAACAUAUUUUGAGGACAUAAUAAAAUUGAAUGCAUCUAUCAAUAAAAAGGUGUGUAAAAUACAAAAAUGUAUUUAUAAUGUAUAUUAUCUCUGUUUAAGUGAUAAAGAAGACCUAAAUAUACAAUUUAAGCCAUUUCUUAUAAAUAUCUGACUCAUUUUAGAGAAAAUAUGAGUAAAUAAAUCAUUGGGACAUAAAAGUCAUUGUAUAACAGGAAUGACCCAUAUGUCUUUUUUCGCUUUAGACCUAAUGGCGCUGAAAGAGGAGAGACGACAACUGAACAAUAUGAAAAAAGAGAAAGAUCAGCAUGAGAAACAUUAUGAUUUCAUAACUGGAGAAAAGUCCACAAAGACUGAAGAGACUUCCUCACAAAACAGAGCUCAGAUGAACAAAUCUGACAGUCAUUUAACCUGCCAUGAGUGUGGAAAGAGUUUCAGUCGAAAACGAAACCUUGAGGUCCACAUGAGAGUUCACACUGGAGAGAAGCCUUUCACCUGUGAGCAGUGUGGGAAAGGUUUCACUCAAGCUCAAAACCUUAACGUCCACAUGAGAAUUCACUCCGGAGAAAUUUCUUUCACCUGUCAACAGUGUGGAAAGUGUUUCACUCAAAAACAAAACCUUAACGUCCACAUGAGGAUUCACACUGGAGAAAUCUCUUUCACAUGCCAAGAGUGUGGAAAGAGUUUCAAUCAGAAAGGAAACCUUGAAGUCCACAUGAGAAUUCACUCUGGAGAAAAGCCUUAUACUUGCUCUCAGUGUGGACAGAGUUUUACACACCAUAACACCCUUAGUUCCCACAUGAGAAUGCACUCUGGAGUGAAGCCGUUCUUAUGUGAUCAGUGUGGACAGAGCUUCACGACAGAACUGAACCUGAGGUAUCACAUGAACAUUCACGCGGGAGAGAAACCAUUCACUAAAGACAAACCUUUCACAUGUGAUCAGUGCAGUAAGGGUUUCACACGCAAGGUGACCCUCAAUUCCCACUUGAGGAUUCACUCGGGAGAGAACUGUUUUAUGUGUCAUCAGUGUGCAAAGAGCUUCAGUCAUAAAAGUAGCCUUAGUACUCAGAUGAAACUUCACACCGGAGAGAAGCCUUUCACCUGCAAACUGUGUGGAAAGAGCUUCACACAAAAAGGAAAUCUUAAGGCUCACGUGAAGACUUCCACAGGAGAGAAGCCGUUAAAAAAGUAUAGAGACCCUUAAGUACCACAGGAGGAUCCUAUAUUUGUUCUCUAUGUGGAAAGACUUUUAAGUGGUUCUUCAAUUUAAAAAUGGAUCAAUUGAAGGCUCUGUUUACACUUCAUUGUAUAGAGCAAUGGUUGUGGUAGGGAACUGUGUUAAAAACACACCUCAAGGAUGGCCAUCAUCCUGCAGUUUAGCUCCAAACCUAAUUAAAGCACUUUUAACAUAGCCUAGAAGCUGAUCAAUUUGCUGUACAUGAGCAAAGUAACAAGUGCGAUAUAAUAAUAUUCAUGAGCAGAAUACACACACACCAAAUUUGAAACAGCCUUCAACGUGUGUUAAUUGUUGAUUUUCAUGGAAAACACAGCCAAGGAAGGACCCACCGAAAAGGCUCGAUCCCCUCUGUGUUUCAGCCUUGAGCAAGGGAUUGUUAAUAAGUUAAGACUGCCAGAUCUUAAACUUUUAGGAGGGUUAUAGGGAAACAGUAAACCAGACAUGUAUUUUGGAGCAAGAUUAUGUAGACAUUCAUACACAAAUAGAAGAAUUUUAAAGCCAAUGGAGGGCUCGCAGAAUGGGGGUGACGUGGUCAUAUUUGCAACCAUUUUUAAGAGCUACCUGAGACUUGGAGACACUGUGAAACAGAAUUGCAAUAAUACAAAUGCAUAGUUAUAAAAGCAUGGAUAAUUGUCUCGAAAGACUUUUACAAAAAGUAAAAGUAUUUUGACUUCGACAAAAUAUGUUUUAUUUUAGAAAGUGAACGAAGCUGGAAAAAAUAGAGGCAAUGUCAGACAAGCCUCUACAUUGCGAGUAAAUCACUCACAUAAUGCAACUAAAUCUUCAGUCUGGGUGACUAAAUGAUGUCUAAUAUUAGCCACUGGCUAAUAAAUUCUUAGAUUUUGCUCACCAGUGUGUGAGUUGGGAGGCUAAGUAUAAUUUUAGCACAGAUAUAUUAUCACUCACAGAACUCUCUAUGACUGAGCGCUUCAGAAUUUCACUCUCCGUCAAUCAAUCUAUGAUGUUUUUCAGUUCAUCUCAAUGGAUGUGCAGCGCACCGUAUUUGACGUACCGUAAACUCUAGUGUGAAGGCGCACAACUCGCCGUCGCUUUAUAUCACACACAUGCAUAGAAAAAGACAGAGCGAGAGAGUCUUACAUAACAUGUAGAAUUGACACACUAAAUGUAAAUGAUAUUCUUUGUUUUAUUUUCCCGUCAAAAUAAGAGAGUUCUUUAGGAAUACCUUAUAAACUGUAUAAAAACAUGGACGUAGUGUCCGUGACGUCACCCGUUUUCUGAAGAGCAUUUUUGAAGUUCAAAGUGGGCGGAGCAGGCCAUCGCCAUCU